UCUUGUUUAAUGGGUGGUAGCCAGAACAUACACGGACCAACAUCACUAGUUCUAGAGCACAGACUGUCAGUUUAUUCCCGCUGAAAGGCAUGCUCAAACCUCUGAAAUCUCAUGGCAUCAUCGUCUUUUGUCAGAGACCUGUUAACAAACUGGGGGCUCAGUGAAUGUAUAAAAAAUUUUGAAGAUCACAGAAUUGAUGAAGAAAGUUUGCGAUUACUUGAGAACGAAGACAUCUGUGAAUUGAUCCCAGAAAUAGGACUAAAGAAAAAAUUUAUAAAAAAACUUAAAGAAUAUAAAGGGCAGAAACCCAGCAAUAAGGAUAAAAAGAUUCAAGAGGCCACAUUGUCGUCAGCCUCCUGUAUUACGGCCUGCAAGACUUCCUCAGGAAAUGCAGAGAAAUGUUGUCAAAAGGCCAUUGUAACCCCCAUCAGAAGUCAUAAAAAGGCUAAAAGGAUGAUGGAAAACAUCGGAAGUUUACCCAAAACCACCAAUUCUGGAGUGGGAGAAAUAGACUAUGAUCUGUGUCAGCCCUCAACCAGUAUGGGACCACCUUCUCCAGACAAAAGGAAAUCUGAUGGUGACGAUGCAAACAAACAAACAAAGAAGCAAAAACGAAGUGCUGCAUCCAGAACAACUGAAAUAUUUGAUUGUAAAAAAAAAACAGAGGUCAAGAAGAUCAUGGAAAGUCUCAGAAGCAAACUGGAAAAAAUGACUUCUACAAAACUCACAAACUUCCUAAGAGAUAAAUUUGAAACAUUGGAAAAAGAUAAAAAAAAGAUUGUUGGUGUUUUUGGGAAGACAGGAGCUGGUAAGAGCUCUUUAAUAAACACCAUCUUGGGUGAGACAAAACUGCUUCCUUCUGGAAACCAAGGAGCGUGUACCUCAGUGAUGAUUCAGGUGGAGGCCAAUAUGAUUAAUGACAAAUACAUUGCAGAGAUCGAGUUCAUUACAGUGCAGGAAUGGGAAGAUGAGCUGUCAUCCAUCUUCAUGGCCAGAUCUUGGGAGUUGGGAGAUGAUGAAGACAUGGAUGACAGCAAUGAUGAUGAAGAUGAUGAAAUUAUAACAGCUUUCUAUGGAAAUGUUGGUAGAGGGAAAACCUUAGAAGAACUGAUGGAUAAGAGGUGCUUCAGCAAUAUUCCAGAGUUUCGUUCAGCUUUGAAAAAAUGUUUUCUUUGUGACACAGCUGAAGAACUGUCAGAAAACAUCCGUUGUUUUACACGGAGUGACACACAGAAUGAUGCAUUUGAACCACAGUAUUGGCCCCUUGUGAAGUGUAUAACCGUCAAGGUGCCAAACUCUAAAGAUUUACUGGAGCAUGUUGUGCUGGUGGAUCUUCCAGGCAAUGGAGACUGCAACAAGAGCAGAGAUGAGAUGUGGAAAAAGUUUGUAGGUGACUGCUCUGCUGUGUGGAUUGUGAGCGACAUUUCACGAGCAACUUCAGAAAAGGAAUGUUGGGAGAUUCUUGACAGCACUGUUAGCCUCUUUGGAAAUGGUGGUGAAUGUCAAAGCCUCAGUUUCAUCUGCACCAAGACAGAUGUCAUUGAGAUGAAUCAAAAGGAUGCACACACCAAUAUUUUGACCAGAAAUAAAACAACCAAGAAGAAAGUGAGAGACAAAUUCCAAAAACAAAAAGAAGUAAAGAAACACUUCAGUGGGGUAAAGGACUUCUUCAAAGUGUUUACUGUAAGUUCCAAGGAGUACAGAAAGAGAAAGCAUUUGGAAAAAGAAGAAACAGAAAUACCUCACCUUCAGGAAUUUCUCAGAAAUCUCAAUGGUCAUCACACAAGAACUUCCGAUUAUAUUUCUGGAGCAUAUGGGAUACUGUCUUUGAUCCAAGGAGCAAAAAACAGCAACAUGACAGACAGCAAAGAGUUGUGCCAGAUUUUGGAAAAGAAGCUGAAGGACAACCUUAAAUCCAUUGGUGAUUCUAUGGACGAAUCUUGGGAGGUUUUUGACCGCUGCCUCUCACAAGGAGUUCAACAGUCAGAAGAUUCACACGAGAAAUUAAUUAAUAAAGUGAUUUCACCUAGGGGGAAAAAACAUGGUGGAUAUCAUAAAGUAGUAAAGUCCCUCUGCAAGCAUGAUGGCAUUUACAAACCAAAAAGGAAGAAGAACAGAGGAAAGGAAAUAAACCUAAAUGAGAGUCUAGCCUCAUGUAUGCGGAGUUCCAUUGAUGAAGAGUUUAAAUACUUUUUUCCAAAUGACAAAUGGGGCCCAAUAAGGGAGCAGAUUGAGAACUUCACCCUUGAAGCAACCAGCUUGAUUAGGGACCACCCGAGAUGGUCACUGCAUCUGAGAUUCCUUAAGAUGGAGGAGAGGGAGUUGAAGGCAGAAUUAAUCUGUGAACUUCGCAAGAAAAAGAAAGAAAUCUACUUCACUCUAACCAAGUCAAUCAUGGACUCUAUGCAUUCAUGCUACAGAAGGGCAUCACUGCAUACAGGAAAAGAUUCUCUAAAAAGGAUGAAAGAUGAGAUACAUCAGCACGUGAAGAAUGUAAAUAUUUUCCGGAAGGCAAAGGACGAUAUGCUGGUCCGUUUAACCAAACUGAAGAACUUCAUUGUGAUGCAGCUGCAGUCUAAACUAGAAAGAUCCAUUGAGAUCUCACUCAAGACACCUGACAGCUUAAUCUUCCCAGAUGAUGUCACUGAGGAUUAUAACAAGAUUAAGAAGUUGAUGGAUUGCUCUAGUACAGUGCCGUUCACUUCUAUAUUGGAUCCACAGCCAACAACUACUGCAUUUCAGUCCAUGUCGGGGAAUGGAAAGAAGCAUGUGCAGAUCACAGCACCCAUUGAUCCUGACCCCCUGAAUUUGCAACCUGCGCUCUUCGACAGCGAGAGUAACGAUCUGAGAGGGUCGGAGUGUCAAGUUCCAACAGAUGCUGGGACUGAACUGAACCAGCUCUCUGAUGUAGCAUUUGUGAAAAAGAACAGAAAUGCUCUUAUUCAGAGGGUGAAAAUGGUGGAUGCCAUAGCAGAUGAUCUGCUUCUGCAUGAUAUGAUCCAGGACGAAAUGUAUGAAAAAAUCUCUAAGGGUUCUACCACUCAGGAACAAAUGAGAAUUUUGAUUGGAGCAGUACAAGCAGGAGGAAGAAUGUCUACAUCUGCCUUCUGCGUAGCUCUCAGAACCUAUGAACCUCCUCUUGUGCAGGACCUGGGUAAGAUCAAACUCCUCUGUAGCUCACUUGGUAGACUAGAGAAUAGUGACUGCAAUGUGAGGAUUGUGGGUUUGAGUUUUGGGACCACCAAAAUGCAAAUAUAUCCUGUAUGUUACUUUGGAAAAGAGCAGCUUCUAAAUGGAAUACAUUGUAUAGUCUGCUUGCAACAUAGAGACGGAUGACAAAUUAAAGGAAAAAUCAACAUAGUGUCUGAGUAAGAUGUUCAGCCACGAGCUGCCAGAACAGCUUAAAUGUGCCUCGGCAUUGAUUCUGCAAGUCUCAUGAACUCAACCAGAGGAAUGGAACACCAUUCUUCCCAAAGAUAUUGCAUUAGUUGGUGUUUUGAUAAUGGUGUUAGAGAACACUGUACACGUCAGUCCAACAUUCACAAUGGAUGUUCAAUUCAGUUAAGACCUGGUG